AUGGCCGACAGCCAGAUGCCCUUCUCCUGCCAUUACCCCGGCAGACGCAGCAUCGACCCUUUCCGGGAGCCCGGUUUGACCUCGCGCCUGCUGGACGAUGAUUUCGGGAUGUCGCCCUUCCCCGGGGACCUGACAGCGGACUGGCCUGACUGGGCUCGGCCCCGGCUCACCACCACCUGGCCGGGUCCCCUGCGUGCCGGUAUGGCCCGUGCCUCCACCAUGUCUCCCGGCUACGGCACCCUCUUCGGGGGGUACCCCGAGAGCCGCAGCCCCGCACCCUUUCCCCGCGAGCCCUGGAAGGUGUGCGUCAACGUGCACAGCUUCAAACCUGAGGAGCUGAUGGUCAAAACCAAGGACGGCUACGUGGAGGUGUCAGGCAAACACGAGGAACAGCAGGUGGAAGGAGGGAUCGUCUCCAAGAACUUCACCAAGAAAAUCCAGUAG